AAAGGGAGUUACAAAAUGAAUUUCAGUGAACAGAAAGAAUGCUGUGAAAGCAACGGUGCGGAUAAUUCCCUUGAUAUGGAUUUACUGGAUCCGGAAAAACACAGCAUAGAUGAAGUGCGCGCUCAAUUUGAGCGUUAUAAGAAGCGUUUCGAGGAGCAGCAGGGUGUGCUCCAACUGCACCAAUGUGCUGGCUUCAAUGCGGAUCUCGUCGAACUGCAGGAACAUGUGAAGAGCUUGCGCGCCAACAUGGAUAAGUUUCAUGAGCACAGUACGGCUUGGCAGCAGGAGCAGAUGAAAGAUUUGAAUGAGAUUGAAUUGGCGCACUCGGUGGCAUAUGACAUUAAAAUAAAUGAUGACAUUGCUAAAAAUAAGGCCCCGAAUAAUGAGAAAAUACUUGUGGUGACCUGUGGAUCUAGUGCAUGUCUGUUCGAGAACUGCCAGCGUCGGGUGGACAGCCAACUACUGCUUCUGCACUAUCUGAUUGACCACAGCGACCAGUUUGAUGAUAUGCAAAAGUGCCAUGGCAUUUUCGAGGGCGAACGUGUGGUAAUUUCAUUUAAUCCGAAGAAGUGCCACUUCCGUCAGAAUCAAGUCCUCGGUCUCCUCACCUAUGGUGGCACAUUGGAGCAAAAGAUUGCCCAACCGAAUCGAAAGCUGAUCUUCAAUAGUUUUCUACCCAAAGAGCAUCUCUACAUGCAGAGCCAUGUGCCUAUUGUGGUACUUAUUUGCAAGACGGCUGCAAGUGCUGUAGUUUCCAACAAACUUCUAGCCGAGAAGAUGCAGAUGCGUGCCAGCAAGGCCGAUCAAAUAUUUGUCAUGUGGCUGGUUACGCCCAAUAACAAACUGCAUUUGAAUGCCACUCUCUGUCUUUGUGGACGCGAUGCGGCUGUGAAGGCAUGCAGUAUUGUGACCGUGCGGCCUGUGCAGGAAAGUCAGAACACUUGCCGAUUUAUGCCUGUGGAUGCCAACUAUUGGCGUUUGUCAUACAACGAGGUUCAGAAGAUUUCGAAUGGCUUUAGGGAUGAGUUACAUUUGGAGAUUGGUUUGACGGAGCUCAGUAAUCAAAAUAUGUUUAAUUAGGGCUUUAUCUUUGAAUUUGUAACUAAGAUGAAUUAAAUUUUUAAAAUUCUGGUA